UGACGAGUGACACGUGACACCUCAACGCGGAAGAACAUGUCAAGCGGACGGUUUCUGUCAUAAUAGAAACUUCUUGGUCACACUUCCUAGAGCCCAGUGUAACUAAGCUGAUUAGUCGGGGGAGAUGGCCGGAGAAACAGAAGAUGAGAUCCCUGAAUCCGGAGCCGUCUUCACUUUUGGAAAGAGUAAAUUCGCAGAUAAUGCCCCCAGUAAAUUCUGGUUAAAAAAUGAUGUACCUUUGAGAACUGCGUGUGGAGAUGAGCACACAGCACUGGUGACAGAAAAUGGGAAGCUGUUUACGUUUGGCAGCAAUAACUGGGGACAGCUGGGCCUCGGAACAAAAAACACUGUGAAUAAACCCACUUGUGUGAAAGCCCUAAAAUCAGAGCGGGUGAAGCUCGCAGCCUGUGGAAGAACUCACACACUUGUUUAUACAUCCCGUGGUAACCUGUACGCAUCUGGAGGGAAUAAUGAAGGACAGCUCGGUCUCGGUGACUGUGAUGACAGAACUUCCUUCCACCUGGUGGACUUCUUCAGCAAGCAUGGACCAGUCAAAAUGCUCGCUGCUGGUUCCAAUACGUCUGCUGCCCUGACACAGGAUGGCAGGCUCUAUAUGUGGGGCGAUAACUCAGAGGGCCAGAUUGGAUUGGGGAAGGAGAGUAAUGCACUGACUCCUCGGGAGGUUUCUGUGGGGAAACGAGUGUCCUGGGUGUCCUGUGGAUAUUAUCAUUCUGCCUUUGUUACUGUGGAUGGGGCCUUGUUCACAUUUGGAGAAAAGGACAGUGGGAAGCUGGGCUUGUCCAAAGAGAAGCUGGCCAAUCAUAAAGUGCCUCAACAGGUGACCGGCAUCUCUGAUAAAGUGGUACAGGUAUCCUGUGGAGGAGGGCACACAGUGGCACUUACGGAGCACGAGGUGUAUUCGUUUGGCCUGGGUCAGUUUGGACAGCUCGGACACGGCACUUUCAUAUUUGAGUCACGUUUACCCAGAGUGGUUGAACAUUUCAGAAGGGGCAGAGUUAAACGUGUGGAGUGUGGAGAGAACCAUACAGCGCUGAUUACUGACAGUGGACUUUUGUACACCUUUGGUGAUGGUCGACAUGGAAAGCUAGGGCUUGGAGAAGAGAACUUCGCCAACCAGUUCAAUCCAACCCUGUGUCCAAGAUUCCUAGACUAUCAUGUACAUUCUGUUACAUGUGGUGGAUGUCACAUGCUUGUGUUGGCAAAACCUAGGCCUGAAGGGUCGGAGGAUUUGAUCUUAGAGGAGGAUGACGUCACAGAAGACUACUUUGAGAAAUCCUAUACUGAAUUACUGGGGGACACGCAAAGUCAGACCACCCUACACAGGAGUCUCUCGGCUCGGGUCAGACGCAGAGAACGGGAGCAUUCACCGGAUCAGUUUGGACAGAUGUUUCGAACACUUCCAGCCCUGGGUGGAAAUCAGCUGAGUGCAUCUUUAUCUGUUCCCAGCCAGAUCCAUCAAUCUCAUAGUAAACAACCGGGAAAGAUCCCUCACAAUAGUCUCAAAAUUCCUGGAAAGAGGGAAAAGUCUCUCGAUGACAGAAACAGUGUGGAGGAUAGUGAGAGUGUGAAAGACCUUGGAGAAACCACUGACUUAUUAAACCUGACUCAUGUAAUGAAGAUGGACCCUUGCGAUAAGACUCUAACAUUGUCUCCUAUGGAUAAGCUCUGGGCAGAGGAGAUGAAUGAAAAGGUAGAGGGAGACGAGGAGGAGGAAGAAUAUUUAGAUGAUGAGGACGAAGAGGAGGAUGAAGAAGAUGAGGAAGAGCAUCAAGAGGAAAAAGAAGAGGGUGAAAAGUGUGAUGAGAAGGAAGAUGUUCUAGAUGAGAAGAGAAAAGAGGCAGAGGAACAGGAGCAAAGCAUUACAGAGCCAGACACACAGACAAAGCAGAUGAUAAAAGACACCUCUGUCCCCGAUGGACCUAAAAAAGAUUCUGAUCCUGCUACUCUUAUAAAAGAGGAAACGCAUUCAGAGAGGAAUGGAGUUACAGGAGACAAGCCAAAGACACUUUUUGGCUCCAGGAACAGGCUUUCUCUUUUCAAGAGAGCUUCCACCAAAGGCAGUCAGGCAGAGAUCCCCACAUCAGGCAAACCAGGAGCUGAUGGUGCCCCUCAAAUCCAAGAGUCUCGAGAGUCAGAGAGUUCUAGCAGUGGAGCACAGACCACAGCAUCCGGUCGAUCACAUUCAGCCACCUGCAAUCUGCUUUGACACCUGGUUUGAAACCAUCUUCUGACUUGAAAAAGGGGAUCAGAAUUAGUAGAAUCAGCAGUUCAACAAAGCUUCAUGCUGUUGGUGUUGGUGGUGUUAAUGCUUCCGUGCCUUGUGCUGCAAAGCAGACCUCACAAAAUAACAAGCUUUACCAGAAAACUGAGUUUGGGAGACUGAUAUAAGUAUAGCUGUGAGCCGUAAUGGUUUUGUUUUGGUACUACAUUGUAUAAUGUUUUUCCCUUUAUAUGUUUGCAGUGUCUGAUUUGUACUUUUUAGCAAAUACAUUCUCAAAGUCAUUACUUGGGAGUAAAUUUACCAAUAUGUGCCGUAUAUCUAAAAAUACAAUUAUGUAUGUGUGCAUAUGUUUUUAUACCUAUUUAUUUAAAUUUGUUGAAAGACUCCAAGCACCUGUGCACUUUAUAUAUAAUAUAAAAAUCUUGUAUUGUUCAGGAUAACGUGAUACUUUUUUGUUAAUGACAUUUUUGUAAGAAUCAUCUCACAACCUUUGUAUUUGACUUGAUACAAGUAAACUUCAACUCAAAAUUGUCA